CUCUCGGCAGUCGGCACUGCCUGUCUCAAAGUGUCCAUCCUCUUUCAUUCCGCUCCGCUACUAAACAACUGGAAAAAAAUAAAUGGAAUUGACAUCCAUUAUUCCUACCUUCAAAAUCUCUUUGCCAAAUCCAGGAAGACAAGCAAGAACCCAUAUCUCUUGCUUAAUUACUCCAGUUUCUUAUUUAUCAUCACCAGACCAAAUGACAACAACAAAAACCCACUUCAAUUCCAGCAACAUUCAAUAUGAGAUUAACACUAACAAUAUAAAAAACGUAGCUGUGCCAACCAUGACUGAAGUAUUGGCUGCAUCGAAGGCCCAGAAUCUGGACCUUCAGCUACAAACACUAGGACCCUUUUUCAGAAUCACAGCUAAGAGUCUUGAAACUCAAAAUGAGCUUGGGAGAGCUGAAGGUUUGAUAAGGGUCUGGUUAAAAGGCAAGAUUCUCCAUUUGGAUUCAAUAAGAUUGAGAAGAGAAACACUUGGCAUGGAAAAAUCAAUCUUUGGCAUUGGUUUGUUCAUUGGAGCUGUUGCUAUUCGGUACGGGUAUGACUCUGGUUGUAAGACUGCUGAGUUGCUUGCUAUUAAUGACUCUGAUCUUUACCAUUCUAAGCUUGUUAGGUUCUACACUAGAAUUGGGUUCAAGGCUGUGUACGAAGUGACGGGCUCGACUAUUGGAGACCUUCCUCACAUGUUGGUCUGGGGUGGCAUUGGAACCCGAAUGGAUGCUGAUGUCGAAGAGCUUCUAAUAAAAUGGUGUGCCAGGUUCAAAAGUCGAGAAUGAAGGGUGAUACCCAUUGCUUAUGCAGUUUAUUCUGCAAUCAUGUGGUUCAAAGGAUGGAGUUCUGAACUGAAAAGAAUUAUGUUUGGCUGAAGGCAUUAGCCUAAAUCAUUGCCCUGAUCUAUUAGCUCGGAGAAAUAUAAUGAUUUUCCUGGAAAAUGCUUAUACUUUGCGGUUGAUAUCAAGAUGCCAAUAAAUUCUAUUGCUGGUUUGAUGAGGCCAAAAGGAAGGAAAAGGUAUUGCUCUUUUGGUAUGAUGGUGCGUUUCAACGGCAAGACUCGAAAUAUAAUUAUUUGCCACUUAAGUUGCAAGUCAUUACAUUGUAACAUGAUGUUCAAGCACAGAGCUUACCAGAAGAAAUAUCAUCGACUAUUUAGUGAUCUGCGGUCUUCUAAUACCAGCUAAAUACUUUCUGUUCAAAAUCUUGUAGGUGUUCAAGCAAUGAAAGCAGUUUUUUCUUGAA